UCAGCACCAGCCAGCAUUCAGCAGCAGUAGCCGCGACGUGGCUGAAGGGGCUUCUCGGGAUGUCGUUGUCGCGCUGAGUCCGCGUUUCGGCGUGUCGUGCCGAUUGUCUCGGUUGCGUGCUCGGUUCGCGGUGGUGCGGGUGCUUCGCGUUCCGUCCCGUGGACGACGGCCAAGACCACGAGCCCGACCACGACGGAAGCAGGCCCGCCGACUCGUGGAGGCGAACUUCCGCAAGUUCCUCGCCGUGCAUCGGGCUCGAGUUCCGUUCCUCGUAUACGAGUUUCGCAGGUGCGCGAUUCCCGAUCCUCCACCUCCUGCUCCGUUGCCUCCUUUGCCGCCGGUCCCACUGCCUCCGCCGCCGCCGCCGCCGCCACCACCUCCGCCUCCUCCCGCUCGGCCGAGGAGGAUCCGAGUCUUCGGAGGUCUUGUCGUAAGUUCGCGCGUGAUCAGUCGGGGCAAGUUGCAGCACGAGUUUUUGUUUCGUCUGUUCUUGUCCCUUGGAACGAUCGUCGCUCGUCGCUUCAUCGACGCCAGGGAAGUUCGGGAUCGGUUCGCUGGUUCGGGUAUGUUCUCGUGUUACACGUCGCACUACCUGCACGAGGAAGAUUGGAGGACUUGAAGCUGACGACUGCGAGGCUUCACGGGCCACGUGAUUCCGAAGUUUCCCGGGACGGACGUUCCACACCGGAUUGCGGAACGUCUCGAUCGUCGCGUUUGUACGUGCCGCGCUGAGAUCCGUGUAUUGACGUUAAUUGCGAUCUCCUCGCCGUGCUCUCGCGACUCUUCGCCUUUGCUGGUUUUCGGCGAUCGACGUCGUCGGGAGAGCUCAUACGAGCACCGUCUCUUAUCCUCUCUUUUCUCCUUUUCCCUUAAAUACUAUCGAACCUUUAUGCGCGGAAGUCGCAGGCGACGCGAUAAAGCAGGGAUCGUUUUUUAACGGGAUUUGUCAGCUUAUUUUACCGUCAUCUUAUCGUCCGAAUAUCAUGUCGUGCGCAAACAACAUUUACAGCCGGAAAAUGGAGGGAUUUUGAUAGUUACUAAAGCGAUCUCAAGUCACGGAUCUGUAUCGCUCGCGAAAUAGCCCGCUCAAUCGCCGGUAAUUUCAACGACUUAUUGACUUCCCAUACCUCGUUUGCUUCGACUUCAUGCGGACGUCGUUUUCGCGAUACCAACGAGUUUCUACCCGUUUCUAUUCGCUUCUACCCGCGAAGCUGCGGGGAAAACUCGAAGCUGUCGUGUUUUCGUGCGGUAACGAGAUCUGAUGCGCGCAAUUCUUACGCGAUAAGAGCAACUCGUUCAUUUUCUCUCUCUCUCUCUCUUUCUCUCCUGCUCGGCAUUGAUUAACGAGCCUCCGCCGUUCGACUCGAGCAUGAAUUCGUACGAAAUCCGGCGACGCGCAGAUAUCGUUCGGUAGAUUUAUGACGUGCAUUGACGAUCGUUUGCUCGACGCGCGACCGCCUGUCCCGGAAGUAUAAUAUUUCCGAAUCGAUCUCGUACGUCGCCGAUCACAGAAACCGCGAAUAAUCGCGUUGUCGCCGGCGUGUACUGCACGCAUGAUUACGCCGAUAAAUCCUCGUCGCUCGGUAUGAACAGCGGAAACCGAGAGAGAGAUUCCUCCAUUCGGGUGGGAAUAGACGGCCGGAGAAUCUAAAUAUUUCCGACGUAUAUCAGCGGAUGUGCCAUUAGAUAUUAGCCGAACUCAGUGACAGUGACGGCUGAUGUGUCAUCAUUAAAGUGGCUGGCGGGACGGUCUCGCCGACUGUGCUCUCUGCGCGCGUCUUCUCCCGUGAACUAUUUCAAAUUCAACGUCAUCAAGUGUCUCUUCUUGGGAAAUUACGCCAUUGCAGCACCUUCCACUGCACGACUCGUCGUUACGAUAAAUCCCGGUUGACGGUAGCAGCUCGCGGAGUGUUCGUAAACUCGCGGGCUCCUCCGCGACAGUUCUCUCGCGCGCUUGUUUGAAAAUCGAACGGAUGCGUCUCAAGUCUUCUCUGCCAAGUGAUAGAGAGACAACGCAGUCGCACGAUCGAAACGCGCGUUGGCGUUAAUCUCUCUCGUCCGCGUCGCGUUCGUACCCACAAUUGAAAAAUACCAGGAGGUGAGACGGCGCGCGAGCUCCCCGGCGACGAUUUGAUCGCGGCACGCCGGUGAUUUACCCCCGCGCGACUUUGUAAUUCGACGGACGGGCCGUCGCGCGAAAGUGCAGUGAGAUAAAUGUUUCAUGGACGUCGCACUGGUAGCGCCAACCCACCGUCGACUCAUCGAUAGUUGCGGCGCGGCCGAAGGUGGUUCGAAGAUCGUCGACGAUAUGUCCCCGGAAAUCCACGGGCUCUCGUGAAAAAAUCACUUGUGGAACUUGAAGUGCACGUCGAGGGAAAAAUGGCGGACCGACAGAGAAGAAGUCGAUACUUGACCAUCAGUAUACUACAUAUUAUCACAAUAAUGUGCCAAGGUGAGUGCAUAACACGACGGGAGACAACCCGGAGAUAUUCGCGUCGCGUUCGCUACGCUUUUCGAUGUUACAUAAACAAGAGAGGUGCGCUCUCGGACCCGCCGAUAUUCGCUGAGCCGAUACCGAACGUCACGGUGGCGCUAGGAAGGGACGUGAGUCUGCCCUGUGUCAUCGAGAACCUCGGCACCUACAAGGUGGCGUGGAUCCAUGUGGGUCGUCAAAUGUUGCUCACCGUUCACAAACACGUAGUUGUGAAAAUACCCAGGUUUUCCGUAUCGCACGACAAUCAGAAGACUUGGUUGCUUCACAUCAGUAGCGUGCAACAGGACGACCGGGGUUAUUAUAUGUGCCAAGUAAACACUAACCCCAUGAUAAGUCAAGUGGGCUUUCUUCAAGUCGUUGUGCCACCGAACAUAUUAGACUCUCUUUCCACUGAGAGUACUGUAGCGGUUCGAGAGCACCAGAAUAUCACUCUUACAUGUAAAGCCGAUGGAUAUCCACCCCCAAAACUCAUGUGGAAACGAGAGGACGGCCAAGGGAUAAAUAUCAACAGACAUCAUAAAGUGGCCAUGUAUGAUGGCGAGCAAUUAAACUUGACGAGGAUCACGCGCAACGAAAUGGGCGCUUAUCUCUGCAUCGCGACCAAUGGUGUGCCGCCUACGGUCAGCAAGAGGAUCACCGUGGACGUCGAAUUUUCCCCAAUGAUCUUCGUGCCUAAUCAGCUGGUCGGCGCGCCUAUCGGGACCGAUGCGACCAUCGACUGUCACACGGAAGCCUACCCCCGCGCCAUGAGCUACUGGUUUUUGGGCGAGGAGAUGAUACUCUCCAACGAGAAAUACACCACGAGUAUCAUGGAGAACAGUUACCGGGCGCACAUGAGGCUCAUCGUCAGGAAUCUGACGACGAGUGACUUCGGUAGCUACCGGUGCAUUAGCAAAAACUCGCUGGGCGAGACUGAGGGAUCCAUCAGAUUAUACCCCAUCCCGAAGCCAUCGGCAGCACCGAAGGCGACGGAGAUCAAGAGCAGCGCCAACAAAGAAGGACGACCGAGCACGCCACCGCCAGCAAAAAGGCUGACCACCGUGUGGCCCUCCUCGUACAACCCCUACUAUCCGAAAAGGACAGAGAGACCACCUCCGCCGAGUGAGGAGAAGGUCGAGAGGCCAGAGCAGAAGCUACGUGGUGGCCAAAGUACAGGAAGCGCAUAUAUCAUCAGAUGGAGUGCGCCGCAGUUGAUGGUCGUGGCGGUGCAGUACAUCCUCACGGGGCCCUAUAUGCCUCCCUACGUGCCCCAGACGGCGAAUUAAGACGUCCGCCGUGGAAAAGAAGUACCGUCGCGUACCGCGUUCAUCCAAGAAGGUCGCCGUCGUUGUCGUCGACGACGACGGCGGCGGCAGCAACGAGGACAACGGCAAUGACGAGGGCCUAAGAGUCCUGGGGGUGUUCCUACGAUACACAUACACACAGGUCGCAUAAUUCCCGCGGGGCACGCGCUUUUUGUGGAACCGCGUCUCGUAGCAUGGAACUGACCGAAUGACUGAUGGAUAAACGGACGAACGGACGGACAGGAAAUGCGCUUGCGAGCGGGUAACUGGUUUACGAUCGACACGAUCUGCAUCCGUUCUCGGGAUAGUUUUCGAUUUUGUUCGACGCCGACGCUCGCCGACUCCUAUUAUCACAAUAAUUGCAAAACAUACAAUUUCGUCUGCCACGGUCAUGACUUUUGUUCCAGUUUAUUAAUCAACUUUAAUCACCAAUGUUUGGUUAUUUUCGCUUUAUUAUCAUUACAAUACGCUCUAUUAGUAUUACACUACACUUUAUUAUUAUUAUUACCGUAGAUUUAAUUUCUAUUUUUUGUUAGUCGUUACACGUAAUCGUGUGACUUCUUUUCUGUCUGCGUAUCUUUCUCCUCCUUCUAUAUUAUAUAAUUAAUUCUCAUUUUUUCACCUUAUAUUGUCAAAAAGGUUACCCAUUUGCAAAUAAUGAAAUAAAAAUCAGCGUUUCAUUUUCGAGACAGUUUCCGGAAUUUCUGUCUCGUUUCUGGGACAAUUUUCGAUUUUGUUUUCGCGCGCUCGCCGACUCUUAUUACCACAAUAAUUGCAAAAUAUGCAAUUUUGCCUGCCAUGCCUUGCUGUUGUGACUUUUGUUCCAGUUUAAUAAUGAACUUUAAUCAUCAACGUUCUGUUAUAUUCGCCCUAUUAUCAUUAUACUACACUUUAUUGCCAUUAUACCAUGCUUUAUUACCAUUAUAUUACACUUUAUUGUUGUAGAUUUAAUUGCUAUUAUUUGUUAUUCGCUGCACGUAAAUCGUGUCACCUGCGUAUCUAUAUCUUUACUUAUUUUUCGCCUUUUUACGUUAUUAUAUUAUAUUAACAGCGUUACUCAUUUACAAAUAAAAAAUAAAAAAAAUA